AUGCUGACCACAAUCAAAGGGCAAGCCGAAGACAAGCGAUCAAAUAAUAUCUCUGCGGUGCAAAUUCGCGACGACUACGAUCGAAGAGUAGCCGAAGCUGCGCGCGAGAAUGUGGGAGAGCAGCCGGAACAGCCAGAGCCGGAGCCAGAGCCAGAAGAUGUGGAAAUGGAAGAGCCAUCGGCAGAGCCCACGCCAGAAGCGGAGUCACCAGAGGACAAAGCCAAGAAGCGCAAGCGACAACAAGCCAUCGAGAGAAUCAAGAAGUCCAAGGACUUUGCUCGUCGCAAGGCUCGAAGGACAGGUGAACCGGAUGACGACGAUGAUCUGCUCGCCGAUGAAAUCAUGAAUGAGAAGCAGCGACCACUACCAGGUCAGCUCGGUAACUGUGAGAUUUGUGGGAAAAGGUUCACUGUCACGCCCUACAGCAAGACGGGUCCUGAAGGUGGCCUUUUGUGCGCCGAAUGCUCCAAGAAACACGCUAGUGGAGAGAAGAAAACUGCGCCUAAGAAGCGCAGUGCAGGCAUUAGUCGGCGCCAAAAUCAAAGCGCUCUGCUGGACGGAUUGGCUUCGCAAGGCACACAGAGCUUACUGGAGACAUGCAUCAAGAAAGUCGCAGAAAAUAUCGCCGACGUGGAGGAGUUUGGAGAUCUACCUCCACCGGUGAUGAAUCGUCUCAGCCAAAUUCUUGCGCGUCGGCGAGCAAUCACCUCAACGACGUUGGACCUGUUCAUCCGCCCACAAAACAGGGAGAUUAACAUCUACGAUUGUGCCAAGCUUGAUACGGACGAUUAUCAUAAGAUUCUUGCUCUCAUGCCCAGCUUGAACAAGCUCAACCUGCGAUUCGUGACCCCGAUGAAAGACCGCAUAUUCGAAUACAUGAUGGACCGCGGCCUCCCCAUCGAGCACCUGCACCUUGAUUCUCCGAAUCUUGUCACUGACGAUGUAUGGCGAAGGCUUUUCGUUCGGCUUGGCCCACGCUUCCGAAGUUUGAAACUCUGGAAUCUGGAUUCUGCUUUUGACGACGAGACAGUGGAAGUGAUGGCAAAGCACUGCACCCAAUUGCAGCGGUUGAAAUUCAAACACCUCCAUAAAAUUGGCGACAAAGCGCUUGAGGCUAUUUCGACCAUGAAAACCCUCGAACAUCUCUCUCUGCACAUUAGCCAGGAAACUUCCGUCGAGCCUCUCAACCAAAUUAUCUCCAAUCUUGGAUCCAAUUUACGCUCUCUUUCUCUCGAAGAGUUCUAUUACGCAGACGACCGAUUGGUCCAUCUCAUCAGAGAGAAGUGCAGACACCUCACCAAACUUCGACUCGCGAUCAAUGCCGAAGUCUCCGACCAAGCUCUUGCCACGCUCUUCAUUGACUGGCCUAACCCACCCCUCACCUUUGCUGACUUCCACCGCACACGGGAUGUAGAUAUGAGCAAUCCAGCCGGCCCAGAAGAGCCUAUAGGUCUCGCAUCUAAUGCCUUCAUGGCGUUGAUGGCUCAUUCCGGCAGCAAGCUGAGAAGUUUGAACGUUGCUUCAUGUCGACACAUCUCAUACAAGGCGUACGAAGAAGUAUUCAGCGAGCACAAGCGGUAUCCGGAACUGAAGUACCUUGACAUCGCUUUCAACGGUGUGGUUGACGAUUACCUCGCCUCAUCUAUCUUCAGAUGUUGUCCGGCUUUGACGCGGUUGGUGGUCUUUGGGUGCUUCAAAAUUCGUGAUAUCAAGAUUCCUCGGGGUGUAGCGGUCAUUGGGACGGUCGGGGCCAAGUUGACGGUCGAUGGAAUUACUCAAAAAGAGCUUGUUUAA